GUUGUCUUCCUGUUCUGAGAUCUCUCUCUCUCUCUCUAAUAAGCUUUUUCUUCGUUACUGUGUGUAGAGGCCAUGCCCUUAUCCUUUGAAAGAUUUCAAGGGGAGGGGGUGUUCAGCGUUUCUUCUUUCUACUCAGAUUCUCACAAAACCCGGUUUAAUCAAACCAAAACCGGAAUCGAAGAAGAUCUUGGUUAUGUUUUCCGUAGCGGUUUACAAGAACCGACCUCUGUUCUCGACGCUUUAAGAAGCCCUAGCCCUCUCGCUUCUCACUCUUCAACCACCACCAACACGACGCUGUCUUCCUCUCACGGCGGUGGUGCCGUCACCGCCACCACAACCGCCGGCGAUGAUAAAUGUAGCUUGGAGUUGGACGAUCUCGACGGAGUCAUCUCUCCCGAUCAAGAACAAAGCAUCUUGAGACUCAUCAUGGACCCCGGUUCAAGCUUCGGUGUUCUCGACCCAGGUUUCGGUUUCGGAUCCGGUUCAGUUCCGGUUAGCGAAGUCUCAAACCCUCUGUUAUCAUGCACCCUCCCGUUUCCGAAUCAAGAACCGUUAUUAUUCUCUCCGCCACCGAAACGGUUCAAUUCCGGAUCUAACCAACCGGUUUACCCAUUUCCCGAUCUUCCGGUUCAACAAUACCAAUUUCACCAGAAUCAAAUCCCUUCUUCUUCAUCUUUAGCUCCGGUUCCGGUUCCGGUUGAUGAUAAUGAUCAGUCAAUCAUCAUCGAGCAGCUCUUCAACGCGGCGGAGCUAAUUGCAACAACCACCAACGACCACACCAUUCUCGCGCAAGGGAUAUUGGCGCGGCUCAAUCACCAUCUCUUCAACAAGAAACCUCCGUUUCAAAGAGCGGCUUCUCACAUAACAGAAUCUCUCCUCUCAUUAAUCCACGACACGUCACCACAACCUCCACUCACCCCAGAGAAUCUCAUCCUCAGAAUCGCCGCCUACAGAAACUUCUCCGAAACGUCGCCGUUUCUCCAGUUCGUUAACUUCACCGCGAACCAGUCCAUCCUCGAGCUAGGCUUCGAGCGAAUCCACAUUAUCGAUUUCGACGUCGGGUACGGAGGACAAUGGUCGUCUCUAAUGCAAGAGCUCGCGAGGAGCAGAGGAUCGUCUCUUAAACUAACGGUUUUCGCUCCUCCGCCGUCUACAGUCUCCGACGAGUUCGAGCUGAGAUUCACGGAGGAGAAUCUCCGAACCUUCGCCGGAGAACUCAAGAUUCCGUUUGAGAUGGAGCUGCUGAGCCUCGAGCUUCUCCUAAACCCUUCUUACUGGCCGCCGCCGCCGCUCUUUCUCCGUUCAUCGGAGAAAGAAGCCGUCGCGGUGAAUCUUCCCAUAGGCUCAGUUGUGUCAGGUUACCUCCCGUUGAUCCUCCGUUUCAUUAAACAGAUUUCUCCAAACGUCGUCGUUUGUGCGGAUAGAGGAUGUGACCGUAGCGACGCGCCGUUUCCAAACGCUGUGAUACACGCGCUUCAGUAUUGUACGACUCUGCUUGAGUCUCUUGACGCUAGUCAGAGUCGGGAGGAUUCUGGUGUUGAGAGGUUUUGGGUGCAGCCUUGUGUUGAGAAGGUUUUGAUGAAACGACAUCGUUGGAUUGAGAGGUCGUUGCCGUGGAGGAGUUUGUUUACGCAAUGUGGGUUUAAUCCGGUGAGUUUGAGUCAGACGGCGGAGACUCAGGCGGAGUGUUUGAUGCAGAGGAGUGCGGUGAGAGGGUUUCAUGUUGAGAAGAGACAGUCUUCGCUUGUCAUGUGUUGGCAGAGGAAAGAGCUUGUUACUGUCUCUGCUUGGAAAUGUUAGGAAGAAACCCUAAUGAAUCUUAAUCUAAUUUUCAUGUUUUUAAUGAAUUUAAUCUCUUUUAUUUUCUGAAAAUGUUGUUAUGUUGUUGUUAGUUUCAACUGUGGUGUUGACAUUUGAAGGAAGUAAGGAUAUAUAAUCAAAAAUCUCCUUUUGUUAGAUUCUAUUUUGGUCCUUUUGUGUUUAUGCAAUCAAAUAGAUUUCUUAUCCAAAAACAGAAAUUGCAAAAGGGAUAUGGUUAUUUCAAAUCAG